CUUUUCGUCGCUAAUGGCAACCUUCACAAUGUUCGCUCAACGGUUAGUUGUGUUUCAAGCCAAAUAAAAGUUUUCAGUCUUUGACAAACCGAGGGACUUGACAUUUAUUCAUUUAACGAGGGGCCCCACCAAGACUAAGCUACUAUAAAACAUUGUAGACUACAGAGACCUAUUGGGGGGACAGGUUAAAAUCUUCUGUAAUUCUUUCUUACAUCUCCUCGCCGACAACAUUAGGAUGUCAACCAGAGUUUCGUCAGUUGCCUCCUUACGAUUACCAGAGAUUCAGCAUCCCUUCACAAAGUUGGGCGAUCCAGACACUUUAUCCCUCACAGGCUGUUCCACCGAUCGCACCGGGAAUCACAAUCACUUGACGCGCCGCAGCCGACCAAUGUCCGAAGAGGAGAAAAGUCUGGAUUCUGCGUUCAGAAGUCAGUCGUCGAAAGGCCUCAGAAGUCUUCGCCAGGAGAGAGCCCAACGAGCAGACAAUGGCAGUUUUAUCGUGCCUCCGCCGAUUCUUGAAGGAGUGGAGGUGAUCUUAACUCCUGACAGAGAAACACCAAGGCUGCCCAUCUUCGGUCAGAGGGUGGCGCCAGAGAGCCGCACAAAGAGCCAUGUGAGCCAGGCCAUCAGUAGUUCCGCCACAAGCUCAUCCUGUCCUGGAGCCCAGUUGAGGAUACAGGUGGAUCAGCUAGAGCAUGAGUUCAGGCAGAAGACACAAGCUGCAGGAUCCCUCAGCCUUAAGAACAUGUUCAGGAGCAACAAUCCAGAGGGGAAAGCCACAGUCAACAGGUACACGCUCACCAACAUAUACAUACUUCCACACAAAAAGGCCGUAAUUGGUUUUGAUGAACUGUGCUGUGCCAUACAAGAGCCUGUGCUCACCGGCCCUGCUGCCUGGCUCUCCCCUGCUCAGGCCCCCAACCUGGGGUAUGUGCUGCGGGCAUCCCAGGCUCUCUCCCUCCUCCGGGGCCCAGCCAGAAGCAGUCUGGGCCCACAGGUGUAG